AUGGAGAUUAAAAUUGAGAGUUCAAAGCUAAUCAAACCAUUUUAUGAAGACGACACUACUCCUCUCCCAACCUCAGACCAUGUUCCUUUCACCGUCUUUGAUACGGUCACUUUUGACGCUCAUAUAGCAUUAAUUUACGCUUAUCGGCCCCCAGUUCCAUCAAAUGCAGAAAUUGAACUAGGCCUAAGGAAGGUUUUAGCCAAAUACAGGACUUUGGCUGGUAGAAUCGAUGAGAAUGAAAAAGGCGAACGUAUUGUUCUUCUUAAUGACAAAGGAUCGAGGUUUAUUGAGGCAUCAGCUGAUUUCAAUUUUGAUCAGAUAAUGCCCCUUACACCCUCUCCAGAUAUACUGAGCCUGCACCCUCCUUUGAAAGGGGUGGAGGAGUUGAUGCAAGUGCAACUCACACGGUUCAGUUGUGGCUCACUUGUGGUGGGCUUCUCGUCGCACCACCAAGUCGCUGAUGGGUAUUCCACAAGCAGGUUCUUGGUUGCUUGGGGUAGAGCUUGUAGAGGACUUGACAUUGGUGCACCCCCAAUUUAUGAUCGCUCAUUUUUCACUCCUCGAAAUCCCCCGAUUAUCGAGUUCGAACACAAAGGAGCAGAAUAUACAAUCAAGAAAGAUGAUAUCAAUUACGAUCAUCAUAAAAAUGAUACGUUGGGUGCUGAAGAAGUCGUUGUGGUGCAGAAAUUUCAUUUCACAUUGAAUUUUCUUAACAAGUUAAGGUCAAAGGCUUCAUCAUCAAUCGAAAGUACAAAUGAAAAUCCUAACAAGCCUUACAGCAAAUUUGUGAGCUUGCUAGCUCAUCUAUGGAGAGCCAUAACAAGGGCUCGUGGACUCACCGGGGUCCAAAAGACCAGCGUGAGAAUUGCAGUUAAUGGUCGCAGGCGAUUGAAGCCGAGAGUGCCUGAUGAGUACUUUGGGAAUGUAGUACUAUGGGCAUUUCCAACUGCGAGAGCUAAGGACCUUUUGAAUCAACCAUUGCAGUAUGCUACCAAGAUUAUUCAUGAUGCCAUUGUGAACGUAAACAACGACUACUUUCGAUCGUUCAUCGACUUCUCAAAGUCCAGUGAAGAAAACAAAGACAUUGUGCCGAGCGCAAACAUGAGCCUACACGUAUUGUCCCCAAAUAUAGAGGUUGAUAGCUGGAUGAACUUUCCAUUUUAUGAUCUGGAUUUUGGACAAGGGAAGCCUUUUACAUUCAUGCCUACUUAUUUCCCAACAGAAGGAAUGAUGUUUGUUUUGCCUUCAUUUCUGGAUGAUGGAAGCAUGGAUGCUGUCAUACCUCUCUUCCAUAGCAAUUUGGACUCCUUCAAACAGAUUUGCUAUUCCAUGGACUAA